CGCGCUGCCCGCCCCGGGGUUGCCGCGUCACCAAGUUCCUUAAAACGCUGGGACGGCGGCGCCUACACCUGACGAAGCUGGGGAGCGCAGCUAGAUGGCGGCGGCCGCCAAGCCGGAGUCGGAGUCCCAGGGGGUGGCAGCGCUGGAACUGUGGCUCAAUAAAGCCACAGAUCCAAGCAUGCCUGAGGAGAACUGGUCAUGUAUCCAGUGCUUUUGUGACCUGGUGAAUUCGGACCCUGAUGGCACAUCCCAUGCACCUUGGCUGUUGGCCCACAAAAUCCAGUCCCCCCAGGAGGUGGAAGCUCUUCAUGCCUUAACAGUGCUUGAGGUAUGCAUGAACUAUUGUGGAGAAAAAUUCCAUGGUGAGGUGGCCAAGUUCCGCUUCCUGAAUGAGCUGAUCAAAGUGCUUUCUACAAAGUAUCUUGGAUGCUGGACCACAGAGAAAGUCAAAUCAAGGAUUAUUGAAAUAAUGUUCAGUUGGACAGUUUGGUUUCCCAAGGACAUCAAAAUAAGAGAUGCUUAUCAGAUGCUGAAGAAACAAGGAAUCAUUAAGCAAGACCCCAAAUUACCAGUGGACAAAAUCUUACCCCCACCUUCUCCCAGGCCCAAGAGUUCCAUCUUUGAUGCUGAUGAAGAAAAAUCAAAGCUCCUGACAAAGCUUCUGAAAAGUAACCACCCUGAAGAUUUACAAGCAGCCAACAGAUUGAUCAAGACCCUCAUCAAGGAGGAACAAGAGAAAUCUGAGAAAGUGUCCAAGAGACUCAGCACCAUACAGGAAGUCCAAAGCAAUGUAAAACUGAUGAAGGAGAUGCUGAACAACCAUCAGGGCCCAAAUCUGGAGCAGCUGGACCUGAAGACCCUACAGGGCUUGUAUGAGAAAUGUGAAAAGCUGAGGCCCACCCUGUUCCGCCUUGCCAGUGACACUGUGGAUGAUGACGAGGCCCUAGCAGAGAUUCUCCAGGCCAAUGACAUGCUCACUCAAGGUAUGCUCCUGUAUAAGCAGGUGGUGGAGGGCCAAGGCAGUUGUGGGAACACAGUGGCCAGCACAGUCACCAGCAGCACCCACGGAGACCUGCCUGCCUCCCAAGCCUUGCAGGAUAAGGCAGGCAGCAUCAAAAGCUAUUCCCUGAUUGACUUUUCUGACCUGGACUCUGAAUCUGGAGUCCCUCCCCAGCAGGGUGAGCCCACAUCGUCGAGUCUUCUGGAUGAACAACUGGCUACUUUAGGGCUCAGUGAUGCCUCAGUCUCAUGCAAGACGUCCUCAGACUUUGAUGCUCUUCAGGCGGGGUCUCUCUUUACUUCCUGUCUCCGCUGGCGAACAGACACCUCUCAUGAUGUGGCCACGGAGAAUGGUUGCCAGGAGGAGGGGGACUUCUUUAGUACAACGGCCAAGAAGCCCUUGCCUGGCAGGACUCAUCAGACAAAUGGGUCCCAAGGAAGCUCUCAGGAAAAGUUGUUGUUGGGCUUGUCUGCUCCCCAGACUUCUUUUAUCCCUGACCUGUCAAGCAGAUUGAAUUUCCUUCAUCAGAAAACACUCUCAAAAGAUUCACCAGUGGGUACCAAUUCUUUUCCAGAACAGUCUUGGGAGAUAAGAACAGGAGAUACUCCUUCCCAACCAGCACUCCUGAAUCAAUCUCUAAGUCAACUUUUUGUUCCACUAGAAUCAAUUAAGCCCAGUGACCUGCCUCCCAUCACCGUGUAUGAUCGAAAUGGUUUCAAAGUCUUGCUCCAUUUUUCCCAGGCUGGAGUCCCGGGUUACCCUGAGGUACAGGUACUGUUGCUGUCUAUGCUGAGCACAGCACCACAGCCUGUCUGGGACAUUGUGUUUCAGGUGGCUGUGCCAAAGGCAAUGAAAGUGAAACUGCAGCCAGCUUCCAGUUCUAAGCUCCCUGCAUUUAGUCCACUGCUGCCACCCGCUGUAAUCUCUCAAGUUCUCCUGCUUGCAAAUCCACACAAAGAUCCUGUCAGGCUAAGGUACAAGUUGACAUUCACUCAAGGUGGGAAACCUUUCAGCGAAGUAGGAGAAGUGAGUGAUUUUCCAGAUCCGUCUCUCUGGAGUACAGUCUAACCUCUCAAGAAGGACUCUUGGAUCAAGCCAUCAACUUAUCUUUGUUGAUCAUUUUUGCCCAGGAUUGAACAUUGUGAUAUGAAGUGUAUGGGCAGAUACUGCUAUUUGGUUGGCUUAAGAGCCACGUGGGAAAUAGCAUCUGACAUUACCUAGUCUGCCAUCUUCAUUUCUGAUGUCUGUAUGGUGAUGGAUUUCCCUGGUAUCACUGGAUUUUUUAAGCCAAAGCUUACAGCACAGGCCCACGUUUCAGGGAAUUAUUCCAGGGAAUGAUCUUUUAUGAAUGUUGCCUCAUCAGUCUCACCUUUGUGCCUUGUCAUCCCUCAAAUGUGUUGGGGCUCUCAGGCUGCUCCAUUCUCAGAAGCCUUGUAGACAUUUGGUUGGUCUUGGGUCCCUCUUUGUGUAGGAGAUCUUGUGCCUUCCUGACAUCUUUAAAGAGAAUCUUUGUCUUCAUUUUAUAUGGACUGCUUACAAUUGAUUGAAGAAAUGUUCCAAAUGGAAUGCUCAUUGCACGUGCCUCAGUAACUAGCUUCUACCCUUAGUGUCUUCCACCAUUAUGCCUUUUACUUGCCCAUGAUGGACUGUCUUCAGGUAAAUGAGAAGAAAGUAAUCUCCAAGUCUCAUUUAGGUCUUCAGAGUUUUUGCCUAGAACCUCUUGCUCCCUUUUCAUCCUCAGUGAAAGCUUUUUUCCACUUCUUAUGAGUGUACUAUUCUAGGCUCUGUACAACAAGUUAUAUAGACUUGGUUCUUAUUUUUAGUGGUUUAUUGACACAGGAUGAUAUAAAAGGUACAUAAAACUUUAUGUAAAGCAUUUGCAUUGAAUAAAUAAAACAGGAAAAAUUA